UUUUGCCGAUAACCUAAAGCAAAAAGGAACCACCUUUAUCAUCAUCACCUGUUCUGUAAUGUAUAAUCGCCUGAAGAAAUUAUUUUGAUUUCGGAUUCCUCCUCUUCCCUUUCUCCUAAACAACAAAAAACUCUUUUCAUUUUCCCGCACUUUCUCAUCCCAAAGGAAGGAACUUUCUCUCCCCCCGCCCCCGGAGAAUGAGGUGGGAAAGGGUCCGACAACAAGUGGGUUCUUCUUCCGGGCCCGGUAAGAGGUGGGGACACACUUGUAACUCCGUUAAAGGAGGUAACUUUCUCUAUGUUUUCGGUGGCUACGGCACAGACAAUCGCCAAACCAAUCAAGUCCAUGUCUUCGACGCUGCAAAGCAGAUAUGGACUCAGCCGAUGAUCAGUGGCACGCCUCCUCCUCCUAGGGACAGUCACAGCUGUACAACAGUCGGCGACAACCUUAUUGUGUUUGGUGGUACUGAUGGAAUCAAAUCUCUCAAUGAUUUGUACAUUCUUGACACUUCUUCACAUACUUGGAAGUGUCAGAGUGUUAGAGGAGAGGCGCCUGCGCCAAGAGAAGGUCAUAGCGCCACGCUCGUUGGUAAAAGGCUUUUUGUAUUUGGUGGCUGUGGCAAAUCUUCUGAUGUUAAUGACGAAAUCUAUUAUAAUGACCUCUACGUACUUAACACAGAGACUUAUGUGUGGAAACGUGCUGCUACGAUUGGGAUUCCACCAUCUGCGAGAGAUAGCCACACUUGCUCGUCGUGGAAGAAUAAAAUAGUUGUUAUAGGUGGUGAAGAUGGACACGACUAUUAUCUCUCUGAUGUUCAUAUCCUUGAUACAGAUACAUUCGUAUGGAAGGAGGUGAAUACUUCAGGGCAGUUACUGACACCUCGAGCUGGCCAUGUUACUAUUUCACUAGGGAAGAACUUGUAUGUGUUUGGAGGGUUUACGGAUGCUCAGAAUCUUUACGAUGAUCUCUAUGUGCUUGAUCUUGAUACGUGUGUUUGGUCAAAGGUUCUGACCAUAGGAGAAGGUCCAUCUGCGAGGUUCUCUUCAGCAGGGGCCUGUUUAGAUCCUCACAGAUCCGGGUUUCUUGUCUUUGUUGGUGGCUGCAAUAAAAAUCUCGAGGCAUUGGAUGAUAUGUUUUACUUACACACAGGACUUGGAUAUGAUGCAAGGCUUGAUCAGAAUGUAGGGAGCAUGUCUCUAAAGAAGCAACUAAAGUUGAAAUGCCAAGAACAAAGUCAUGCAAGCUCCUUGUAUGAUAAAUCUCUGGUCGGAAUCAAUAUGGAUCAUCAAGGAAGAGGGAGUUUUGGUUUGAACAAUGGCCAAUUUGAUCAGGGGAAAAUGAUGUUUCAAGCCAAGGUAACGGAGAGGUUCCCAGUUGGUUACAGUAUAGAAACAAUGAUAAAUGGGAAAGUGCUUCGUGGCGUUUUGUUUUCAACCAAGCAGAGCUCCGUUCUGGCGUCUGAUCAAAGCUUGAGUAGAAAGAGGCCAGCUAUGUCCAAUGGUGACCAUGAUAACAGUUUAAAGGUACCAAGAACUUUGAGCAAGGAACAAACUGAUGCUGCUGAAUCCAAAGAUUCUCCACCAGUUGGCAUGGAGGGUGGUGGUAGUGGUCUCAUCAGCAACCCUCUGGAUGUUAACAUAAACACAGCGGCGGUGCUAGAUAUGGGCACUGUGAAUACAGCAGCUCCAUCUUCAUCAGUUCCUGAGACAGAUGAAGCUUCUUUAGAAUCUAGAAAUGCAGUAUCAAUAGAUGUUGGAGCUACUAAUAAGACCGGACCUGGAGAGUCAUCAUAGCUAACAGAAAAACAAAGGUGAUUAGACAACAAGAGGUGAAGCCAGAUGCAGAGCUAAAAACCAUUUGUGUCUAAACUCUGUUCCUUUGAACAAUUUGAUUUUGCAGAUGAGAGAUUCAGCAAGAUAGGAUGUGUUUAGUUUAGAAUCUAAGUUAGGUUUUGUUGAUGACUUGUUGAGGAAGAGUUUUAAUUUAUUUUUUCUUCUGCCUAGUGUUA